AUGUCGAGUCCAAAUCGCAAUGCGAACCUCCCGGAUGGGGCUUUCAUCACGACUUUCAAUGGCAAGAGGUGUACGGCUAGGCCAAGGAAUGGAAAUAAGUCAAAGUCGAACAACCAGCAACGAGCGUCGACAAGUACGUCCCACUCGACAUCGACAACACAUUCGACGACACGACCGACACCCCCUCCGCAAGUGAGCUCAUCGCCGCCGCCGCCUCCAGCGGUGGCUACUCUUCCUCCUGCUCCGCCGCCGCCGCCUCCGCCGCAGACAACACCACCGCCGCCGCCGCCACCACCGCCAGCCGUUUUAAGUAGCAGUUCAGCGAGUACGACGAGCUCCUCUUUACCUCCUCCUCCUCCUCCCCCCCCUCCCCCUCCAGUGAAUACACCCUCUUCAAAACCACUGCCUCUGCAGCAGACACAACCGCCGCCUGCUCCAGUGGUCUCGAGCCCUCCUCCACCUCCACCGCCGCCGGUUCCAGCAGUAUCAACGUCUUCUACGCCCCCAAUUAUUGAUGCUGAGCCGCCGGCAACCAUUCCUACUUUUCAAAAUAUUCCCAAUUUUCCUGUGCAGAGUUCUCCCCCUACUCCCGCCCAGAUCUUCCCCCCUGCCUCAUCUUCUUCUUCAAUACCUACCCCAGCCGUGUUACCACCCGUUCCAGCAACCAGCAAGACUGAUGCCAACGCAGUCCCAACACCAACCCCAUCUCAAGCGCCGCCCGCGUUCUUCAGCAACAUCAGCCCAUCGCCAUCGCCCACGAACAGCGCUGGGGCCGGCGCUGGCGGUGUCGCGCCUUCGCCACCCCUGAAACCGGGUACCGCCGCAGGCGAGGCAGGAACAGGCAACAAUGCUCCCUCGACCAGUCAAGCUCCUGCUUCGAGCAGUAGAUCUGGCGGCGUGGCUACCCCCGUCGUGAUUGCUUCGAGUGUUGUUGGUGCUGUGGCGGUGAUCGGCUUGCUUGGGUUCUUGCUUUGGCUUUGGCGGAAGAGGGUGCUGAAGAAGCGUCGGAGCACGCUUCUCACGCCGUUGUCCACGGAUCCCAGCUUCAGGGAAAAGUCGUCAUAUGUCAUCGACAGAGGGUCCCUAGGACCAACACCGCGCUCAGCGAAGCUCAAGGCGGCGCUUGGCUACAGCUUUCAAAGAUUCCGCGGCCAGCUCGGCGGACUGGUCUCACGCAACCGGGAUAGCAGCUCGACCGGCAACCGUCCUCAGUUUAUGAAUAUCACCCAGCACAGCCGAAAUAACUCGUCUCUGUCGAACCAUGGUUCACCGCGACACGUCGUGACGACAAAGGAUCGAGUCAAGGACUGGUGGGAACGGCUGACGGCUGAUAUGAAAUUCAACUGGCGACUUCGCGACGACAGGAAUGCCGAAAAAGAUCCGUUCACCUCAGCUCGUAACAUGAGUGACAGAAAAGCGGCUGCGCCUGGACAGCCCGACUUUCUGACGCUACUGGGUAUGAACGACAGGGAGGUUGAACGGGAAGCUCAGAGGAGGCGAGUGAGCCGGAACCAAGGCAGUGCUGGCUCGGCCGAUCACUUCCUCGGUGGACUCGGACUGAACUUUGAGAAUGCUUCGGCCAACCCCUUUUCUGACAUGAACGCAUUACCUCACGACUCUGCGAAGCCGGCACCGCUCGUCGUAGUCAAUCCCGGCAACGGCAACGGCAACGGCAACGGCAGUGACAACAACCCCUUUUCUGACGCCAAUGCCAUAUCAGCACCUGCUGCGGCAAGAAAGCCAUCAUCGACUUACGUUGCUGACGUACGCCGGUCACGCGGCACAUCCGUAGGCGGCGCCACAACGAGGCCUCCUAGCGGAUCAACCUAUUCUCCGCGCCUAGAUUCCAUAUAUCGUGACUCGACGCAGAGCGUAGAGAGCUUUGCGACAAGGCGAAACAAGUUCCGAUCUGAUCCGUUUGAUCUGGAAAGGCCCGAACUACUUGGCAGCAGUCUCGGCAGCAGUGGCGGUAGUCGAGCGACACAGGCGAGCAGUAAUUAUAGUGAGAGUGGUGGAGGCGCGCCCCGCGUACCUGGCUCUGCUCACACGCGUGCGGAUAGCUUCAGCUCCAAGUACAGCAGUGGAGUGAGCAUGGACGGCUGGAGUGAUCCCGGGCCGGACGUCGGGCCCUCAAGUGGACCUGGCUAUCGCAACGAAGGGGCCGAGAGCCCAGUUGCCGGCUACCGGUCUGGAGACCAGAAGAAAAUCAUUGGGCGGAGGCCCAGCGGCGGAAGCCAGAACAGCGUCGGCAAGGCGUUGUAG